CAAGUUAUAUCUAAAUGCAAUCUGAUCCAGCGAUGCAACAAUCACUGAGGUUUAUUUGAAAGAGUUGACAGCUUUAAAAAGGGGACCAAGUUUGAAGAGAUCUCUUAUAUAUUUAACUAAUAUACACGUAUCAGAUUCGUAGACGAAUAAGAAGGUCUUGAAUUACGUAUUGUAAUUGGAAUAUUGAUAUUGGUUGAUUUAAUUUUGUAUAAAAAUCUUGAAGAAAAAGAUGAGUUAUUUUGGGGAAGCUGGACCUGGAAAUGACAGAUCGUCAUCUGCAGGUGGAUCGUCUUCCUCAAGAAAAGGGAAAAAGAGUGGUUCAGAUAAGCCGAAGCAACCCCAGAGAGGUCUUGGCGUUGCUCAGUUGGAAAAGAUCAGACUCCAUAGCCAAAUGGGUUUUCUUGCACAGGAGGAUAUCGGACUUCAAACAGCAUAUUCAUCGUCAGCUUCAUUUUCAUACACUUCACCAUCAACAGCUUCUUUCAAUACCUUCCAAGGACACCAAUCCCAGAUGAUGCAGAUGGGUAUGGGCGAAUUAGAAAGAACGAAUGUUGUCUAUGGUGAAACACAGCUUAGCAGUAACCCACGAUGGGACGCAAGCCAUGCCAUUUUAGAAGCUCAACACUAUGCACAACCUGCAGGCAUAAACAGGCACCUUCUAAACCCAGAAUUAACUGAGGUAAAGGAUUCAAUGAGGAGACAGAAAAGGAAAGAUCAAAACGAUUCAAUGGGGUCAAGCAGUCAGAAUUCCGAUUCAAAUGACAGCCAAGAAUUAGAUCUGGAGCUAAGACUUUCACUUUGAUUCAAAAAUUUUCUCCCGUUUUAUGGAUUGGCUACCGGUUGUAACUUGUUUUCUUAU